AUGCCCUUGGCCAUCAAUUCUUCACAUUCUUGUAUGUUGUAUGAAAGAUUGAAAGUUAUUGGUGGUGAGAUAGGGAUGCUUCUUGAACAAAAUAACAAGUCUUUAGAUCAAAUUUCUGCAAAUUUAUCUGUUUUGAAGCCAGGGGCGAGGUUUGUUGGUGCUAGAAAGUGCGAAUCCAAUCAGCAUGAUGGUAAUUCGAAGGGAUUGGUUCUUCUUGCGAUGUCGACCCUUUUGUCUGAGAGUGAUAGCAGAGCAUUAAAAUGGCUUAUAGAGCUUGUUCAGGGCAACACAGAUACAUCCCGAUCUUGUUUUACUGGAGCUGAAGAUAACUUGGGAAUUGGGAAUGAUGAUGCUGAAGAGAUACUAACAAGAAAUAAGCAAAGUGGUGGGUCUAAUGCAUCCAGCAUCCCUGUAGGCCUUGAACAUUUGUUGGUUUCUCAUUUCAGGCGUCCAACUCCUGAGAAUCCCUUUGAUCAAGAAAAACUGGAGGAGGUGGAGGAUACACCACGUGAUGCUGCUGGUUUUGCACCAAUCGACCCUGCAUUUUUGGAUACACUUCCCGAAGAGUUACGUGAUGAGGUUCUUUCAGGCCGACAGGGACUGGUGGCGCCACAGCCACCUGCAACCAUCGAACCACAAAAUGAUGGAGACAUAGACCCUGAGUUCCUUGCAGCACUUCCUCCAGACAUUCGGGUUCUUUUAACAUCAUCUGAUGCGGUUCUUGCUAAUCUGACACCUGCUCUUGUUGCGAAGGUAAAUAUGUUGCGAGAGAGGUUUGCACGUCGUUAUAUCGGACACUAUUUGGUAUGUUCCCAAGAAGUAGGAGGGAUGAGUCUUCUAGAAGAGGGGAAGGAGAUGGAUCCAACAUGGAUAGAAGUGGUGGGAUCAUUACCUAUAGGUCAAGUGGAAGUAAGCCUGUUGAAACUGAUGGAGCCCCUCUAG